UUUAUAAAUAUAAACCCAAUGUCACCGAGAGUACAUUAUUGUAUUUGCUUGGACAUUUAAAUCUUGGGAGAAAUUUUAUGCUGUCGUUAUAAAACAGUUUUUAUUUUAUUCCGGUUAAAAUUUGGGCAAACAUUUUUCACCAUGUUUGCAAUCAGGAUUGCUUUCUUACUGUAUUUAAUUGUGCAUUUAAGUACGUGCCUUAAGAGAACAGACGAAACUGUUGAUUAUUUCAAAUUGAUUCAGCACGCGCAAAGAACUAGUGAGGCGUCGAGGAAAUAUUCUCUAGAGGAGAACGCGCUACCAAUUGAACAUUUACAAGUGACGAACAGUUACGAAAAAGUGUUAGCACGUGCGGAAGAGAUUCAGGCGUCCGGUUUUGAUGACGUAAGCCCUUAUGAUGUUAGCAGUGUAUGUUUAAACCAUACAAAAUUAUUAAUUGAUGCAUUGAUACGACGGGAGCCUUGGGCAUGGAGAAUGAUUGAUGCCAUGGGGAAGCCCCCUAGUGGUAUAAUGGACUUCCAUAUUCAUUGGAUCGGUGAAUGGGGUGAAUGCAUUGACGUGCAGGCAGUCGAGUACCAGAACCCUGUUAAUAAAACGGGGCCAAAUCACCCUUUUACCGGCAAAUUUUGUUUGGCGUCUAUACCCUUGGGAAAUCAGGGAGCACUUGGACAGGCCGCAGCUUUGGCCAUUGGGAUGUGUUUCCCGGAUACGUGUAGUUCUUCUGAUGCAACGGCUUUGGCAAAAACACUGGUGAGCUUGAUAGAUGUAAAUGCAACGUCACGUGUACAGGUCACGUGUCAAGAAAAGUCUCUGGAGUAUAGUGGAAAAGCUAUCGCAAUCAUGUAAGAAGUGAAUCUUAAUA